UUUUUGUAGUCGGUAUUAUUGGUCGACAGUUUGCGCCAAUACAAUACCAUAUUUCCAUACAACAUGGCGUGUUAUCUCAUCAAUGACGAAGUCUGUAAAAGUUGGGAGAAAUGUGGCAGAAAUGAGUUCUUAAAAUUUUGCCGCAGUAGGAUAUCAGAAGCGUCUGAUGAUGGGAUCAUUACAGGAAAUGUUCAGGCUUUGGUUGCUGGUCUUCAUGACUUGAUUGAUCAGACAAUAAAAGGGAACUUGAAGCAGGAUCUUGCAGUGUCCACACUCAGUGCCAUUGUGGACAUCCAUCCUGGUGUGCCAUCUAUCUUAGUGGAUGUCUUCAACAUUAAAGAUAUUGAAACCACUUCAACAGAGGAUGGCAUAUGCAAGGAAAAUUUAAUCUCUCUUCUGACAGCUUGUACAGCAUUCUUGGAUAGCGGCUUAUUGAAGGAGAGAUUAGACAAUGACACUCUUGAUGCUAUCAAUGUUCUCUCCAACAAACAAGCCUUUGCUCAGAGAUAUGUCCGACUCAAGACAAAACUAUACUAUAAACAACAAAAGUUCAACCUUUUACGUGAAGAGAGUGAGGGCUUUGCUAAGUUGGUCUCGGAGCUUACUCAAGUCACAUGUGAUCCUUCUACAAGUUCUCAGGUGUCAAAGACUAUCAAAGCACUUAUAGGUGGAUUUGACCUUGAUCCAAACCGGGUCCUUGACAUCAUCUUAGAGGCCUUUGAGACAGCUCCUGAGCUUGAUCAUGUCUUUGUUCCUCUACUCAGGUCAUACAUGUGUGACCCUCUAACAGUAUGUCAGGUCUUAGGCUUCAAGUUUCAGUUCUACAAGGAAGAAAAUAUACGAACUCCAAAAUCUCUUCACAAGGUCACAGCGCAGCUUCUUCAACAUCAUAUUGUUGAACUGGAUGACAUAUACCCUCAUCUUGCUCCGACUGAUGUGGAUAUCUUCAAGGCCCACAAGCAGGAGAUUAUUGAUGCAAGGCAGUAUGCUAGGAAGAUGAGCAUGGCUGUUCUUGCUGACAAGGAUGACAAAGAUGACAAGGAGAAAGAGAAGGAGAAAGAUGAACAGGUUAUUGACAACCAAAAGAUUGGAUUGUGUGAAGCCAUGAUUCUAAUAGGAGAUUGGGUACAUGCCAAGAAACUAUUAGACAAACUGCCUGAGUAUGGCACUACGAGUAACCCUACUGUGUCCAAGGCUCUCUGCAACCUCAUUGAAUCUAUACUUCAACCUCUGUACACAAAGAGUUGUCAACCACAGGGAGCAAAAGGGCAUCAUAUACCUUCACCUCCGAAGAAUGGCACCUUGCCGGCUGUUCAGAACCUAGGAGACAUCAAAGGAGUCCUUGAGAUGUGUCGCUAUCUUGGACCAUAUGCAUCAUUACAACCUAUCCUCAUCUGGAAACUUGUCAGGCUAGGCAAAGCACUACUUGCUCAGAGAGCCUCAAUGACAGAGGAAAAGAAAGAAGAUUUGAAUUCUGUCUUUCAUGAGAUGCUAUCGGUGAUUGAGCAAGUGAUAUUACCCUCUAUCAGCAUGAUGCCAUGUAAUGCUUGUCUCUCUGAAGAGGUCUGGUCUCUAAUGAAGAUGUUGCCGUAUCAUAGAAGAUACUGCUUGUAUGCGCGAUGGAUAAAUCAUUGCUAUGGUAUCCAUCCCCCAAUGAUUCGGAUCAAAGCUAAUACUACAGACAGGGCCAAGUACAUCAUGAAGAGAUUAACCAAGGAAAAUGUCAAGCCUUCUGGAAGACAGCUUGGGAAACUAAGCCAUUCCAAUCCCGGGGUACUCUUCUCUUAUGUAUUAUCUCAGAUUCAGAUGUAUGAUAAUCUAAUUGCUCCUGUGGUGGAUUCUCUGAAAUACCUUACAUCACUGUCAUAUGAUAUACUAGCUUAUUGUGUGAUAGAAGCUCUAGCAAACCCAGAGAAGGAACGCAUGAAACAUGAUGAGACCAGUCUUUCACUUUGGAUGCAAAGUUUGGCAUCAUUUUGUGGGGCCAUGUUUCGCAAAUACAACAUUGAGUUGACAGGACUACUCCAAUUUGUUGCAAAUCAGCUCAAAGUUGGCAAAAGUUUUGAUCUUUUGAUCUUGAGAGAAGUGGUGUUGAAAAUGGCUGGAAUUGAGGUAACAGAAGAGAUGACCGCUGACCAGUUAGAAGCACUGGCUGGAGGAGAGCUUCUCAGAGCCGAGGGAGGUUACUUUACCCAGGUGCGUAACACAAAGCGAUCAUCACAGCGUCUAAAGGAAGCUUUGCUGGAAGAUGACCUGGCUGUUAGUAUGUGUAUGUUAAUGGCCCAAGAGAAGUACAGGGUUGUCUAUAAACAUGAACAAGGAACUCAUCUCAAACUUGUUGGAAUGUUGUAUGAUCAGUGCCAAGAUACUCUUGUACAGCUAGGUGGGUUCUUAUCCAACCUACUGAGUAUAGAAGACUAUUCCAAGCACUUCCCUGAUCUAGUCAACAUGGUCACCAACUAUCAUAUCACUCCUGAGAGUGCCUUCUUUCUCUACAGACCAAUGUGUACCAACAAUAUACAGUCAAAGGUAGAUGAAUUACGGCGACUGGAAAAGAGCAGUAAAACACCAAGUAACCGCACCCAACGAUACGUCCAGGCAUCCCAAGCUGUUAUGUCUCCAUUGACUGAGGGAAUAAAUUCCUUCCAUCCUCUCAAAGUCUGGGAUGAUAUCAGCCCACAGUUCUAUGCUAGCUUCUGGACUCUGUCCAUGUAUGACCUUCAUGUUCCGAGCCCAAGCUAUGACAAAGAAAUCAAUAAGAUCAAGGUUACCAUGGCAAAUGUUGACGACAACAAAGAAUUGGCCUCAGCUAAAAGGAAGAAAGAAAAGGAGAGAUAUGCUAUCAUUAUUGAGAGACUAAAGGAUGAAGAAAGAAAGCAACAGGAACAUUGUCAGAGGAUAGAGGCCCGUCUUAAGAAGGAGUGUGAGACAUGGUUCACCGCACGUUCAACAAAGAAUGAGACCAUCACACAGUUUCUACAGCUGUGUGUCUUCCCACGUUGCUGCUUCUCAGCCAGUGAUGCCCUCUAUUGUGCAAAGUUUGUUCUGACUGUUCAUAAGCUAAAGACACCAAAUUUCUCUACUCUUUUGUGUUAUGAUCGGGUAUUUCAGGAUAUCACCUACACUGUAGCCAGCUGUACAGAGCAUGAAGCCAGUCGGUAUGGCAGGUUCCUAUGUGCAAUGAUGGAAACAGUCAUGAGAUGGCAUAGGGAUAAGGAAAUAUAUGAGAAGGAAUGUGGCAACUUUCCUGGCUUUGUAACGGUGCUUAGAGCAAGUGGUACAGAGUCAAGUAACAAGGCAGAUCAGUUGGACUAUGAAAACUUCAGACAUGUCUGUCAUAAAUGGCAGUACAAACUGACAAAGGCAGUGGUUGCUUGUCUGGAAUCCAAGGAGUAUACUCAAAUCAGGAAUACUCUUAUACUUCUAACCAAGAUCUUGCCAUACUUCCCAUUGGUGCAGAACCUUGGUCAGGUACUUGAGAAGAGAGUUGACAAGAUCAGAACAGAGGAGAAGGAAAAAAGACCUGAUAUUUAUGCUUUAGCAAUGGGUUACUCUGGCCAACUCAAAACAAGGAAACAGCACAUGAUCCCAGAGGACAAGUUUCAUUUGAAAGAUAAGCCAGUUUCAAGCUCCCAGUCUACUACCCAAUCCUCAGAGUCAUCAAGUAAGAAGGCCACAUCGUCUAGCAGUUCAACAUCAGUCAGUAGCACCAGUAAUGCUAUUCUCAAUGGUGUAGGCAAGGAACAUCUUAGCAAAGAAGCUGAUACUGAAAAAGUUCAUGGAGCAAGUAGUAAGUCGUCCAACAGAGAAUCGUCAUCUACGACGAAAUCAUCAUCCACAUCAAAGUCCUCUGUCAAGUCAUCAUCUCAGUUGCAGGGCAAGUCAUCAACGUCGUCAUCAUCAUCCAAGUCGAGUAGUAAUUCAUCAAAGACGUCUACAUCCUCAGCCAGUGUCAGUGCCAGCACAUCAUCAGGAUCUAAGAAAUCAGAUUUAAAAUCAUCCAGCGAUGGGAGUAAAUUCAAGAGAGAAAAAGACGAUCACAAAGAGAGCAGUGUGAGUAGAUCAAACAAGGAAGAUAAAGCUUCUAAAGAACACAGAGUCAUCAAGGAAGAGAAGGUUGUCAAGGAAGUUAAAGUUCAAAGGUCAUCAGAAGGCAAAAGGUCUGGGAGCAGUGAGAAGUCACACCGAGAAGAUGGAAAAGCAUCUAGCAGUAAGAAUUACAGCAGUGAUAACUGGGGUGGGGCUCCGUCAACAGAGCUUGAUAGCUGGCCAGAGGAAGGAGAGAGGGUAAGGAAGGUGGAGAAGAAGGCCACCCACCGAGAUAAAUCCAAGGAGAAGGAAGAGCGUGGUAGUGACGGGGGUCAAAGGUCAUCUAAGGAGAGGUCACAGAGGGAAGAAAGUGUUGCAUCUAACUCCAGUCAGGGAUCGGUAGGCUCAGCAUCUAGAAAGGAAUCACCAGCAACCAGCUCUUCAGACAGAGUGGAGCACAAGAGGAGAAAAGUGGAUGCAUCAGCUAUACUUGUAUCUAGCUCUAGCUCUCCUGACCUAGCAAGGGAGACAUCUUCUAGCAAACACAGGAGAAGUAAGAGCAAGGAGCGUCACAGGGAAAGAGAAGUUCUUGAAGCCCCUGAGCCAGAGAGAGAAAGAAGUAGAGAGAAAGAUAAGAAGAGUGAGAAGAAGAGGGAUCAUUCAGCCGGUGAUGUCAAUCAUGAAUCUAAGAGACAUAAAGGCAGUGAUUCAGGUCAUGAGGGGAAAAGUAGUAAAAGGUCAUCAUUAGGUGAUGGAGCUAGUUCAAGCAGUGGUAUGAAUGGAGAGAGGAUGGAUGAGAGAGAUCGAGAUAGAGAGAUGAUGAAAGAAGAAAAGUCAUCAAGAAGAGAAUCAGAUGUGAGGGAUAAACCUGCAAAGGAAAAGAAAAUCAAGCGAGAACCACUCGAUGAUGAUAGAGAUGAUGACAGACAUAAAUCCAGCAGCUCAAGAAAAAGAAGACCUUGACGACACAUUCUUACCUGGACAAGGAGGAGGUGAAAAGAUUCAUCUCAAAAUUGUCUGUAUUUUCAACUGAAUCUUGUCAUUCAGGAGAGAAGAAAGAUUAUCAUAGCAACGUUAUUGUAUAUAUUUUUUGGGGUAAUUAUUCAUGUAUUUUCUCUGCCCAUUUUCAGAAACUAUCAUGAUAAAGGUGUUUCUUUUUAGUUGUUAUUGUGUGGUUUGAAUAGACACACAACAAUGGUUAAAUGUUAUCAUGAGCUCCACAACACUGAAGCUUAGUGUUUGAUCAUAGAGCUAAUUUUAUGCUUGAUUGUUAUGUGCAAUCAAUCAUACAAAAAUGAUCAUUAGCUUAGCUUUGUGCUUAAGGAUCCUGGUGGGUGACUAUCUUGUUAUAACUUGUUGGGGAUGACUUUCAAAUUAAUCUCGGUCAAUCGGUUGCUAAGAUUUUAGGAGCUGAUAGUGGUUGUUAAUAAAAUUGUUUUGUGAAUUGAUCCCAGUUCCAUCAUCUGAAGAUUCGAAUAUUAGAGUGCUUCCAAAUUUUGAACUGAGAAGACUAAUGCUACUCAAUGAUUUCUUUUACCAUUAUUCUGCGAACAAAAUAUGCAUUACUCCCAUUACAAUAUGGCUUUGUCAUAGAACCACCACUAGGAACCCAAGGUAUAAGACAGAGGUAAAAUUUAACAUUCUUCUGUUUGGGGAUUGAUUCUGCUUCUAUUUAUUCUCAAUAACUUGUAUACUCUCUCAAAUUCUUGGUGGUGCAAAUACAGUGUGACCAUUGAUAGGGGAGAUCUGGGUUAGUUCGAACAUUUUUGACAAAAAAUGGCUGUAAAGUCCAAAUGUAUUUUAUUUGAGAAACAAUCAAUAUAUCAGCUUGAAGCAUAUAUCUAAGUGCUUCAAAUGUACCCCAUAAUAUUUUCAACUCUAUGAUGAUUACUGAAAAAAACCCGCCUUGAACAAGACCAUCGCAAGCAUUCCAACUUACCCCAUAUACGGGUAAGUUGGAACAUGGUAUGGGGUAGGUUGGAAUACUGCAUGAUCAAUCAAGAAAUACUAAAACUACUUACAACCGUAAUAGUACAUGGUUAGCCUAUUUACUUUAUUUUUUCCAAGUUCAAAAUAUAAAAAGUGGAUUUGUUGAAGUGAGUUGAACUAUAUAAUUUCUAUUAUACAGCCACUCAUGCAAGUCGACUGUAGCAGAAUUCUGCUUAUUUGUAUGUGUUUGAUUUUUCAUGUAAUUAAGUGUACUAUCAGCAAUUUCAUGUACUUCUGCAUCAAAUUUACAUGACAAAAAUUAAUUGUUCAUAUUUUUUAAAUAAUUGUGCGAAUAAGCAUAAAAUUGCCCUAAAUUAGUUUUUUUAUUUCGGGGUAUGUUUUUGCCUUUAGCUCUAUUUAUUAUGCUACUAGAAUGCUACUUUUUGGUGAGAGUAUCAAUGGGAAACAAAACAAGCAUGGUAUACAAUACAUGUUCAGAGGAGUGUGAAAUACUCUACAUCUUUUUCUCAUAUCCAAUGUUUUUAUUCAUAAUUAUGUUUGGGGCAAGUUGAAACAUAUUCCAACUAGCCCCUUCAAUUUUGAUCCAACUCAUCCCAGGGGCCCACUUGACAUUACAAGCUUACAGCCCCCCAAAAGGGGACUUCACCAUGGCAUAUUAAUAACCUUAUUUUGUAGCUUGGUACAAGUGUCCAUUAUACCCCCAAACAGGCCAACUUGAUCUAUAAACUUCUCUGGGAUAAUACAAAUUUCUGAAAGAGGAAAAAAAUUACUCAGAAGGUGAAAAAACAAAAAUUCCUUUUUAACAUCACUAGGCUUGUUGCACAUGUGUUGUCUAUAAUACGGUGGAUGGCUGUUGAUAGUAGCAAUAAUUUGAGGGCAUUAUUGCAUAAAUUUAUUCAAAGACAAUAAAGAAAAUUACAAUGUUUCAACUUACUGCACGUUCCAACUGACCCCAAUCUCCCCUAUAAAACAGGCUCUGUCAUCCAUGGUUAAUAAUGAUUGAUGAUGAUGAUCCAAGGUGGAUUCAUUUUUCGAAACUUGAGCUGGGACUCAUACAGAAGAUUACUUGAUAAUAUAUGUAGUCACAAGAAGGUGGGAUGGGGAUAUCCCAAGGUAUGAGGUACCUGGUAUGGUCGCCCAAGUGACAUUCCAAUAACGUUUGAAAUCAGUAUCCCUUUGAGAUUUUUCUGAAUCUUUUACAAGCCUUUGUAAGAUAACCCCCCAGGUGGAAUAUUAUGUAUUACAGUACAAUAUCUUGAAAUUUGGUUGAUAUGUCUGAUAUUUUCAUUUGUCAUUAUGUGGUGACAGAUUUUUCAUUAUUUUGCUUCAUAAUGAUGUUAUUUAUCAUACUAACGUGUUGUCAGUCAUGCACAAGUCAUGAUUAUUAAACUUACAAACAGCUUUACAAAAUGGCCCCAGGGCAAAUUGGCUACCCAAGUACAUCUGAUAA